GGACCAGGAGGGAGGGAGGGGGGCCGGGAGGCUGUGCCAGGCGAGCCGGAGGGGUGCUCGGCGCUCCCCCGCCCUCCUUCCGGGAGCGAGGAUGCAGACUCUGGAACUGGCGCUGCUGGGCUGAGGCGGUGGCAGGGGAGUUGAAGCGCGCGCGGCUCGGUGAGUGUGUCUCCUGAGCGCGGAGAGGCGGGGGGAGGCGGAGGACGAGGAGGAGGAGGAGGAGGAGGAGGAGGAGGGGGAGAAUGCCCGGAGCCGCCGCCGCUGCCGCCGCCGCCGCCGCGAUGCUCCCGGCUCAGGAGGCUGCCAAGCUGUACCACACCAACUAUGUGCGGAACUCGCGGGCCAUCGGCGUGCUGUGGGCCAUCUUCACCAUCUGCUUUGCCAUCGUCAACGUGGUGUGCUUCAUCCAGCCCUACUGGAUCGGCGACGGCGUGGACACCCCGCAAGCCGGCUAUUUCGGGCUCUUCCACUACUGCAUCGGCAACGGCUUCUCUCGGGAGCUGACCUGCAGGGGCAGCUUCACGGACUUCUCCACGCUGCCCUCGGGAGCCUUCAAAGCCGCCUCCUUCUUUAUCGGCCUCUCCAUGAUGCUCAUCAUCGCCUGCAUCAUUUGCUUUACCCUCUUCUUCUUCUGCAACACGGCUACGGUGUACAAGAUCUGUGCCUGGAUGCAGCUCACCUCCGCUGCCUGCCUUGUGCUUGGCUGUAUGAUUUUCCCUGAUGGCUGGGAUUCAGAUGAAGUAAAACGGAUGUGUGGAGAAAAGACAGACAAGUACACUCUUGGGGCUUGUUCAGUCCGCUGGGCUUACAUCCUGGCUAUCAUUGGGAUUUUGGAUGCCCUCAUCCUCUCGUUUCUGGCAUUCGUGCUUGGUAACCGACAAGACAGCUUGAUGGCAGAGGAACUGAAGGCAGAAAACAAAGUUCUGCUAAGCCAAUAUUCUCUAGAAUGAGCACAAAACAAAUCAAAUAACAGCUAAACAAAUUGAAUAACAGCUUUUGUACAUCAACAUCGAGAAGGAAGACGCUUGGGAGAGAUCAGAGUACCAAGAUGGAUAUGGGCGAGAGUGAAGCGUCCACUGUCAAAGCACCUUCUAAAUCUAGAUCGGCAGAGAUGGGAGUGAUUUUCUGGAAGGAGAUGUGAUCACGGAUUAAACACCAGCUCAUUGGAAACUAUCAUUGAAUAAGAGCAGAUAAUAUUCAUGAGAAAUCACAUUCAGGAAAUAUUUUAAGGAAAAGGAAUAUAAAUGUGCUAGAAUUAACAUGUAAAAUAUAUAUGUACCGAAGUUUGUAAACUGUCCUUUUUUAAUCAAACAGAAAACAGAAAGCUUUAAUCUUUAAAGAUUAUUUUAAAAAAGGCAGUCCACCCUAAAUUAUUCCUAUUUCAAUAGCCAAGAAGCUGAUCAAGCGUCAGUUAUGGAGGAAGCAUCUUGGAAAAUGCCUGUGAAUGUUUUCAUAGGAGCCAUGACCUUUGGUUCCCAUGUCUGCCGUUCAUUUAUGUCACUGUGUAAUUAGUUAAAACCACUCGGUUAAGAGAUGUAACGCUUCAAACUUUUUACCAGUUCUGUGUUCAGUUUAAUCUGUCUGUACGUGUUAUUACUGAGAAAGUGUUUCUGACAUAUACUAUUACUCCAUCAAGCUGUAUAUUACAGGAAGUACAUCUUUACAUCAUAGUUUCCCGAGCAACAUAGAUUUCCCUAUCUUUCAGGAAACAGCAUCGAGGAACUCUGAAAAAUAUAGAAAGCUCAUUUUCACCUUGGAUGCUCACAUAUAAUGUAUAGGCUGCUAUCAAAUAAACACUUUUUCUAUUUCUCCCUAAUAUAUGCAUAGGAAUUUAAUAUACUUUAUAAAUAGCAUCUAAAAUACCUUCUUUUUUUCCUAUUUCUUUGCCAUACAUAACAUCAGAAAUCCAUAUCCGUUCUUUCCCUUACUGACAGGCACUGAUUUUUAUUUUUAAAAAACACCAUUCCAUUAAACCCAUUUCUAAAUGAUAGUGAGUGGUACUAAAAAAAUAAAUAAUAAUUUAAUAGCCUUAGAAAUAAAUGAAUAUAAACUUAUACAGAAGAAACUUGAUAGGAAACUUGAUAGGAGUAAGUUGCCUUUUUGUUUACUAAUGUUGGUUUCAAGAAAACUCAGUAUUUUUAGUUGGUUGGCAUUUAGAAGUAGUGACAAAUGAUCAGUUGUCUUCAGCAAUCUUUUGCUCCCAGGCUUCCGCCACCACCACCCUCACCACAUAUCCUGCCAAUAUGCAACAACAGAAAAAUAUUUAAUAUUGAAGUAGCCAGUUGCUUGAGAAUGAAAACAAGCUAAAAUGUAUGUGUGGGGUAGUCAGCGUAAGCCAAACCACGUGCUAUACCUGAGCAGAAAACAUGAACAUGUAGAAUGCCUUCAUUUUUAGACUCGAAAUUAAGAUCCAAUUAGCAUAUAUGACUGGAAGAGCAGACAGAGGAUAAUACAAGAAGAAUCAAGCAAGAUACAGAUCAUGGUUGUUUUCUCUUACCCUGUCUCUAUUAGGACCACACUCCUAGUUUUGCCACAUGUUUCUGGUACUACAUCUUUUCACCAUAAAUGAGAUUAUGUUUCAAAUGGCUAAAAAGUAUAUUACAGAUACAGUCAAAUAUGUGAAACUCAAUUCACAAAGAUCUGGAUUUUCUAAAGAACCAAAUUAGGGGAAUACUUAUUAUCUCUAAAGUAUUAGCCGUUCUGGGAGUUAUUUGUUGCUUUAAAUAUUAACUCUCCCACUGCAUUCAAAACACCCUGCUUACUAAAUUCAAUUACACACAACUUUUCAAGAAUUCAUUUUUGAUUUAAAGGGAGGUACCUCUCUAUUUUAUCUAUAAUGAAAAUAGAAGGUAUUGGCUUUCUCUAAUCAAUGUAAAUUACAGAUUCCACUGGGAGUCCUACAACACUAAUAGUGGUGUUUAUGAAAAUGAAAAAGUGCUUCCUACCCACAUGCAAAUGUUUUUAAGAAAUUUUUUCCAUACAACCUAAGUGUAAUUUAGCAUACCAUAGUGCUCUGAAGAUGAGUCCUUGACAAUGUACCAUUUGUACAUAGGUAAUACACAUGUAAAUCACUAAAUGUUAAGUAUACGAAGUAUGUUUUUAUCUUUUUUAAAAAAAGUGACUCCCUUUCUCAUUCUGUUCUGUUGUAUUGCGUCCAAAAGUUGUGUGUAAUUUUUUUAAGGUCCAGGAUAUAAACAAAUUUGUUGGAAUAUCUGAAUUUCUGUAAAAAAUAAAAAUAAGAUUUUGUUAUUUAAAA